AUGUCGAUGGUCAGUGGAAACGACUCCAAUCACAGACGGCGCUACUCGCCAUGGGCUGAGAGUUCAAAAGAAGUAUUCCCGAUACCUGCUGAUAAAAAGGGCAUGCAGAAAUGGUUGAGGAGGUUGAGGUGGAAGAUGAGGACGAAGGUACCGUGGCUGGAAGUCGCAUCCAUGGCCAUUCGCAUUCCAUAAUUGAACCAAUUCAAUCCAUCCACCAAAAUCUCCUCAUCUGUUCCCACCACUCCUGCCACGGCUGCUGCUGCUGCUGCCGCUGCCGCCGCUGCUGCUGCGGCUGAUGAAGACGAUGAGGCGGAGACGGUAGCUGGAGUACUUGACAUCUGUAGCACAGACGUGGUCUCCAUUUUCACAGGAGCUGAGGCUUUGCGUCGUGGAAGCAUUGAUCCAGCAUACCCAGCCAUGUCACAAGCGCCUGCUGAAGCCCUUCGUUGUGGAGGGUCCACCACACCACUUCCAACAAGUGCAUUUGUCUGCGACGAGGACGAGGGUGAAGCCGAGGAGGAAGCCAAUGUUGGAACCGAACUGUGCUUGCGUGGCAGUGGACCGAAAUCACUCGCCAGAGGUUGUCCACUGUCCUUCAGUUGGCGAAUCUCGAUGGCACAAUGGAAUUUGACGGCGUUCGGUUGACGCCCUAUCCGACUUCCGCGUUUGGACAUGCCGGCACGAAGGCACCGACGGAAUCUGCAGGCUUUGCAGACAUUGCGGCUACGAGGAGUGAUUGUGCAGUUGUCCUUCCCACCAACGCAUACCAGUCUCGAUGCUGACUCCUCUGUUCGUCGAAAAAAGCCCUAUAAGUGGAGAUAA